AUGGACCGGUUUUUGGAGUAUUCUCUGCAAAGCUGUUGGCAUAAUUUCUUGUGUUUGAAAAAUGCCUCAAGGGUGCAAUCUCCAGACGGAGGAGGUGGAAGCUCCAAAGUCUCUUGGAACUUUGGAAUCUCCAAGAAUUCUUCUCCUGUAUUCCAAGCUUCAAUCAUCACUUUGAGAACAUCCUUAUUGACGGUCCACGCUGUGAAACCCAAAUUGUUCAAAGCUUGUAAAACGUUGUCGAUCUUUCCAUGUGAUGCUGCCGUCUUUGCGUAG